UAUAAAAAUGGCGUGGCAGUCGGCCCUCGUUGUCUUCAUUCUCGUUGUUGCAAUAGACCACAGCCAUGCGAAUCAUGGGUACCCCUCUCACGCACAUAUGGAAAGGUUUUUGUCACGUGAUGAAGCCACCAGAGUGAUGUUUGAGUCCCUGUUGGACAGACUCGAGAGACAGGAAGUAGCCUUUCGUCAAUUACAGACAAUGGUGGCGGAAACUUCAAAGGAAACAAGCACUAAAAACCAGCAAAUCGAGCAUCUAGAAAGUGUAUUGUGUGAAGUGAUGGACAAAUUAAGAGAGAAAGAUGGCCAGAUAAACAGAUUGGAGAACCAACUGCAAGAAAUCAAGAGGGAACUUAAAGCACAACGGCAUGACCAAGUACCUCCCGGCAAAGCCGUUUUAAAACAUAUGAAGUCAAGAGCAAAUUUUAAAAUUCAGCAAAUUGGCAAAACCGAUGACGGUACACAUGAAGAAACUUCCACAACAGAUGACUCUAAGCCAAAGGUGGACAAGAGACAGCUACACAUAUGUAAACGAGAUGUUGCCUCUGUGGCUUUCAGUGUGGCCCUGCAGAACAACAUCAACGUUCACGACCACGAGACGAUGGUGUUUGGUCACGUGAUAUUGGAUGAAGGCAGCGGGUACAAGAGUGGUGACGGUAUAUAUACAGCCCCACAGAGCGGUGUGUAUGUCUUUACUUGGUCUAUAACUGCUGGUACCCACUCCGGUGGACACGACGUCUACACCAACUUAGUGGUCAAUGGAACGCCAGUUGGUGGCAUCGAUUCAGACUCGGAUGCCUCCAACUCAGGAAGUUCAACUGGUGUGGUCGUUACAUAUGUUGAUUACGGGGACCAUAUUUUCAUACGGACAGGCUCCACAGGUUCAAUCAUUAGUAGCCAAUCUGCAAAGUCGACCUUUUCUGGUUGGCUUUUGUUCUAAAUACAACUUGUACUCAUUUUUUUUUUACAUUUCCAUUAAAUUCCAAGAUAACUGUUCAGUGAUAAAUUGUCUAUUGUGUACAACAAGUAUUUUGUGCAGUUAUGUUUAAUGUGAAUGUUUGAUUUUAAAAAUGAAUUCAUGCCAAAAUAUAUUGGAAUUAUAAUUUAAUUUGUUUUCUUUGCCGUCCUGUAAAUCGUGAGAAGUCGAUUUCUUUCUAUUUGGCGGGGCAAAAUUAGAUGUUGGUCCUAAAUCUUUGUCGGUGCAACUUCUACUCUAGAUUUUGGUACACGAAAUUGUCUACAGAUGCGUACGGCAAACACUUUCAUGAAAGUGUUGGUUUGUUUGUUUUUUACGUCCUGUUAACAGCUACGGUCAUUUAAGG